AUGUACAAACUCACUAUUGCUCUCUUUGCCAUCUUAGCUGUUUGCACUGCUGUUAAUACCAAGUGCAGUGACUUAGAAAGAACCAACUAAUUCUGCAGCAUGAUUUACAAGCCUGUUUGUGGUAUCACAGUUUCUAAAGAAAACUCCAACAAAACCAACAAGGUUACUUUCCCUAAUAGAUGUCAUGCUUGCAAGAGCUCAGAAACUCUUUUCUUCGCUGAAGGUGCUUGCAACUCCUAUCCUGAAAAUGCCGUCUUCUGCCACCCCGAUGCUGUCAAUAACAAGAUGUGUACCAAGGAAUACAUCCCCGUUUGUGGUAUCUAUGAAAAGACCGUCAAUUGCAUCAAGGCUCCUUGCGGUGAAACUUAUCCUAACAAAUGCCAUGCAUGCAUUUCUGGAAAAUCAUCUUACUUCGUCCCCGGAAACUGCAACAGUGAAUGA